AAACGCGAGUAGAAGACAUUUCCACUUGUCCGUCUCAUUUGAUUCUUCUAUCGUACCGUCAAUUCUGCGAUCGCAAUCGCUUCUGCUGCAGCAUGCCGCGGAACAAGGCCUUCGCCUCGCCUGGUCGCCCGACUCCCUUCUCGAGCGACGCGAACCUCGAGAUUGACGACCGAACCAUCAACGGUCCCCUUCCCUUCUUCAAUCCGACCGACGCCCGUUUUCGCGUCAAAAAGUCCGCCCAGAAGGACUGGAAGCCCACAGCUGAAGAGGCUGCCCCAGGCGCCGAUAUCUUCAUCCCCGGUACCGAAAUCCGCUGGCGCUCACGAGACAACAGAAAAGGACGACAUGCCCUCCUCAUCGAUCGCAAGGAGCAGAAGGGCGGCGCUGCUCACACGGCUACGCUGCGAGCCGUCCUCCGAGGCCUGCGUCGCAUGGCCACCGAGUGCCCGUACUGGGAUGUCUCGUACCUCGUCGCCGUCUCCUUCACAGUUGGCUGCCUCAUCUUCAUUGCCUGCGGACUCUUCUACUGGCUCCCUCUGGUCGAUUCCCGCUACGAGUUCCCUGGGGAAUCAACGGUUGCGGGCGGCGUAACGGCUUUUGUCGGUGCCACCCUUUUCCAGAUCGGGGCUGUCCUCCUCGUCUUCGAAGCCUGCAAUGAGGACAAGACUGGCUGCUUUGGCUGGGCCCUCCAUCAGGCGCUCCACGAAAUGGGCUGGGAUGAACACAGCACCCCUCACCGUGGCAUGAUGCUGGCCCAAGAAGAUCCUGUCGGGUGCCAUCACCAUCACCAGCGCCGCCGUGGACCCAAAAGCUCCGUGAAUGAAUCUCCGUCGAAAUGGCGCUGGAGGUGGUGGCCGUCCUGGUACGAGCUCAAGACGCACUACAUUCGCGAAAUUGGCUUCGUCGCCUCGACAUCCCUCUCCCUUGGCGCCACCAUCUUCUACGUCUCCGGCAUCUGCGCACUGCCAGGUAUAUACGAAAACAUGAGUGUCGGCGUGGCCAGGGGUGUAUACUGGCUGACGUACCUCGUCGGUGGCGUUCUGUUCAUCUUCUCCUCCGCCCUCUACAUGCUCGAGACGCAGCCCAACUGGUACACCCCGGCGCCGCACGUCCUCGGAUGGCACAUUGGCCUUUGGAACAUGAUCGGCUCCGUCGGCUGGACGCUGUCGGCAUCGUUUGGAUACUGCACCGCGAGCUGGUGCGAAUAUCAGGGCGAGCUCACGCUGCUUUGGGCGUCCGCUGCCUUCUUCGUCGGCAGUGCGCUGCUUUGGUAUGAGGCGUUGGAGAAAUACCCCGUGGAAAAGCCUGGGAAGAAGUCAUAGAAGGGUUUCCUGUUGAUGAGCUUCAAUGUUGUCUGUCGAGCAUAGUCAGUUCUUGGGUAGAUGAAUGCUGCGGUGAUUUGC